AUGACGACGACGAUUUCUCUGGGUAAUGUUAGCACGAGCCCAGCGUCGGGUAGUGUAUUGGAAGCGCCUGAGACCCUCAACUAUGGGUAUUAUAUCCAAGAGCCCUUGCCUUCCGACACUUUCCACAACGUCUCCAUCUUGGACCAGAGGCUAGAGGAACUUGAGCUUUUACAUAUGUCGACGGGCGUCAAGGUGAAUGGAGACUACCGGAGCUGGAUCGACGAAAAUGGCAUGCAAAGGAAGCUGUAUCCAAAGAUCACCAACACCGGCGAGGAAGUGUACUUGGUUGCCUCUCUGCAUACAAUGCAUUGCCUGGUAAGCCGAGAUAAGACUCUUGCAAGUAAGGUGCAGCCCUGA